UGUAGGUCUAAAGAGCCCUCCUCCUGGCUUGAAGUCCCCCAGCCAAGAAGUGGCCUCAGCAGCCAGACUCCUAUGCUAACCUCAUGACGCAGAAAGAGAAGGACUGGGUGGUAAAAGUGCAGAUGGUUCAGCUGCAGAGUGAGAAGCCGCGCCUCGAUGACUAUUACUACCAGGAAUAUUAUCAGAAACUAGAGAAGAAGCAGGCAGAUGAAGAGCUGCUUGGGCGAAGAAGCAGGUUUGAGGCUCUCAAGCUGGUCACACCUUACAUUCAGAAGGCGGAGGCUUAUGAAUCAGUGGUUCGAAUUGAGGGUUCCCUGGGCCAGGUAGCUGUAUCGACGUGUUUUACCCCUCGCCGAGCUAUUGAUGCUGUGCCCCACGGAACUCAAGAGCAGGAGACAGCAGCUGCAAGCAGUCAGAGGCUGUGGGUGCUGUACCGGAUUGAGAAGAUGUUCCUUCAGUUGCUGGAGAUAGAGGAUGGCCAGCAGGAGGCCCAGCCCCGUGACUCAGAGCAGCGGAGCAGCCAGGUUGAGAAGCUCUUCCAGGCCUUAAAGGCCCAGGGGCAGAAUAAUUUGGAGGCGGCGGAUGACGGCUUCCUGCAGGCGCUGUCCGUGGGGAAGGGGAAAGCCCUGGUGGCCCGGCUCCUCCCCUUCCUGCCCCGAGAUCGAGCUGUCAGCUUGCUGCUGGCCAUCACCCGCCACCUGCCCUUCCUGGUCAAGAGGGAUGUGGCCGAUCAGGCCCUGCAAAUGUUAUUUCAACCUCUAAGCAAAUGUAUCAGGCACUUGACCUUCUGGGAACUCCUCCAAGGACUUCAGGGACUCAUGCGGCUACCACCUGGCUCCUCUGAGCGACCAAUCACUGUGGUGCUUCAGAAUCAGUUUGGCAUAUCUUUGCUCUAUGCACUGCUAAGUCAUGGGGAGCAGCUGGUGUCUCUGAAUUCUUCCCUCAAGGAGCCCAGCAGUGACCAUUCAGCUUGGACAGACAUGGUGGUUCUCACUGCCUGGGAGAUUGCUCAGAUGCCUACAGCCUCUCUGGCAGAACCCCUGGCCGUCCCCAGCAACCUUCUUCCCCUGUUCUGUCACCACGUGGACAGACAAUUGGUACAGAAGCUGGAGGCUAGGAUGGAGUAUGUGACCGUGGAAAUAAGAUCAUAGCCCCGGGUUGAAGCCCAACUAGGCUCUAUCACUUCUCUACUAUGUUUAAACCAAGAGUAUGGAGAAUAAUUUGCUUUUUGAAGUAUUUCGAGACAUGGGUACUUACUGAGUAACCAGUCUGCUCCAAGUUAGGGUUGUAUGGCCUGUUUCUUCAGCCAAACAUUUCCAUUUUUUUCCUAGGAACUUUGAUUAUUUAUCACACCAAGAUAUUUGAGAGUAAGAAUUAGUUUGAGAAGAUGAACUAUUCAUUCAAAAAGCAUUUGAGGGACAACUCAAAUGUAAACAAGAGGUAAACGCACAAAGAACGUGUAGCUCAUCUUUGCUCAGAACUUUGCAUCUGCUGGACAGAGAUACUAACCAGACAUACAAUGCUUUAAAGGGAAGUUAUUUGGAGUUGAUCCCUCUUUUUGUAGGUUUGUUUUGAUAUACUGAUCAGGUUGUUCCAGAAUGCCUAUAUAUGGGGAAAGUUUAGUGAUCAGACACUAGCUGUGUAUAGGUUUUUGCCCACAGGGAUCCAGAGAGUCUGAAGACAGUUGUACACCUUGAUAUAUUGGCAAACCUUGGAAACCUUUUCUCAUGCUUCAAAAAACUGAACUAUGUGCCUAAAAAGGCAGAGCAAAAUGAGGUAUAAUUAAAAAGAUAACAGAAUGUA